AGCCACACAACACAUGUAUAAUCACAAAUACAUACAUUGCAGUCGUUGACCACAUCCAUGCCUCGCACACUUUCUCACGCCCAGGUUUUCAGAUGCGAGCAGCUCGUCGUUGCCGGAGCCGAGGUGCGAGGGCGGCGGUGUCCGAGCGAGGGCAAGGCGGAGGCGCUGGGGCUGGGAGGUGUGGUCGGCAGCCAGUCGGUGUUGAUAGGGCAGCCGCCUGCCACUCCCGCGGGCAGAUCGCACUCACUCCGCCGCACAACCAUGGCUGAGACGGCUGCUCGGCUGAGCGGCCGCGGAUCUCCAGCCCCCUGCGCGGCCGGCUUCCUCGCUCCCCUCCUGUGUGUCAGCGCCGUGCAACUUGCCCUCACCAUCGGCUUCAUCUGUUACUCCCAGAACCAGUGGCUACAGAAGAAUCCAAGUGGAAUCUCGGAAGAGUUCUUGCAGUGCCUGAGGCUGAUUUCCCAUUUUAACAGCAGUACCCCAAAUCUCUCAGAGAUGGAAACGCAGAAGAUCUCCAAGUCCUGCUCACAAGCGCUGCAAGGAGUGAAACAACUCAUCAAACAGGUGAUGCCCCCUUCUCCAAACAGAUCAGGACACAAAGGGCAAUUAUCAAGUCGUACAAGAAAGAUUUCACAGCGGAUGGCGCCUUACGCCCACCUCACUAUAAAGAGACCUACACAAAGCUCCACAGGUGUCAGGACCAGUUUUCCUGGAUUAAAAGGCAAACUCAUCACAUCUUGGGAAGAAAAGGUGGGAGUCGCGCACCUGAGUGAGAUGGGCUACAGCCAGGGAUCCCUGAAAAUCAAACACCAUGGCCUGUACUAUAUUUAUGCCCAGAUCUUGUUUCGGUAUCAUGCCGACUACCCCUUGAGUACCAAGGAAUACCAGCUGGUUCAGUACGUUUACAGGAAGAUGGCCAAGUACCCAAAGCCAACUCUGAUCCUGAGGGGUGCCAGCACGUGGUGCUCAGGUAACCACAACUUGUAUUCGGUUUAUCAAGGAGGAGUUUUCAACCUGCAAAGUGACGACAAAAUCUUUGUGACUGUCUCAAACAUAUCAUUAGUCGAUAUCGACGAGGCAUCCAGCUACCUGGGCGCAUUCAAACUGGGUUAAGUGAAGUGUUAUCUUGGCAUCUUUAAACUUUCAUCUUUGAAUGGUGUACAUCCCGCAUUGGAAUGUUGGUUUUGUCAGCACUCUCUGAGCAGAAUUAUUCCUUGCUUGAAUAUAAAAAUUAAACAAUGGCUCUUGUAUUAUGUAAAGGCAUCUAAUGAGAAUCACUCGCCACUUAUUUACAGAAUCCACUCCGAUGAAUAACGAAUGAAGGGGCUAUAGGUGCAAGAAACAAAACUAAAAUGUUAACAGGAUGGCACAGUGGUAAAGCUGGUAAAGCUGCUGCCUCACAGCUCCAGUGACCCGAGUCCAGUCCUGGUCUUGUGUGCUGUCUGUAUGGAGUUUAUAUGUUCUUCCUCUGAGCACAUGGGUUUCCCCUCAUUCUUUUGCAAAUCUGAGAAAACAUGUAGGUUGAUCGCUUGAUUUGCUGCAGUAAUUGCCCCUGGUGUGUAGGUGAGUGGAGGGGGGAGAGAAUUGAUGUGGGGAGAAUAAAAGUGGGAUUAAUGUAGUAUUGGUGCAAAUGGGUGAUUGAUGGAUGGCACGGACAAGUUGGGCCGAAGGGCCAGUUACUGUGCUGCAUGAUUCUAUUAAUCUAUGGAUUAUUAGGAAUAAGGCAACAGCCAAUGCCCUCAUGAGACAAGGGAAACAUUGUCCUUCCUCAUUGAACUAGCGACCCAGGUUGCUUCGUGAUGUCCCACAGUGCUUGAAGUGGUGAUGUGAAGUGGAGUUUUCACAAUAAAUGGCAUUAUUCUAUAUGUGUAGCCACAGGUGAAUCCGAAACCUCGGUCACAAGCCUAAGUGUGAUCUAACUUGGGUUGUUUUAGAGCCAGCAUUUAAUUUUGGUGCCACCACAUUGAGCACCUAAUGUUCUUGCAUGGGAGCCCUGGCAGAAGGUAAGAGAUGGAGAAGGUUUAAAUCACAAGUUUGGCAAAUCCUCUCCCAUGAUUCUUUAAAAGAAUCUUGCUCUUAAAUCACUGAAUGAGCCAUUAGUAAUGACCAGGCCAUACAAAAGGUGCUCGGCAGCUAUGAUUGGAGCUGAUGGUGAAAUCAUAAUUAAAUUUAAGAUGGUGGUUGUAAUGUGAUCUGCGAAGAUAGGAACAGGGCAUGUCCCAUGGUCCUACUUUUUGCACUCCUAACCAUAGCGUCCAUUGCAAAUGCAUGUAUUCUUCGCAAGGAUGAAGAAAAUUGGGGCAGAAGUUGAUCUCUUGGCCCUUCAAGCCUGUCCUACCAUUCAAUACGAUGAUAGCCAUAACUUAUUUUCAGACAAAUAUGCAUUUAGGAUAUCCCUUUGUGGAAUGAUGCAACGCAUAAUGUCAUCUUCUCAAGAGUUCUCGCUCUGUAUCAAUAAUAAAGAUAGCGAGUGAGCAAGCAAUGCUUCACUGUAAAUUAUAGUUAAAGAAAGUUUUGCUGUUGAUAUUUGCUGUACAUUUGAAUUUUUUUAAAAGAAUUUGCUACUCCAAAUUUUUAUCUCAAGGCAAUGAAAACCGAAUAAACUGUGCCUUUGAAUAAAAUCUAUUUCUG